CCCAAACGCUCGCUCAAUUCUCUUCAUCCACAUCACAUAGUGUAGAACAUUGGCAUUGGCGUACUAUGGCGCCUGCCAAGGUGCCGCCCGGUCAUUUCCCCAUCCUGUACUUUGCGGCGGCGGCCAGCUUCACGGGCAAGUCGACGGAGCAUCUUGCAGCGCCUCUCCCGUUGGGACGGCUCUUCGCCACACUGGACGAGAAGUACCCCGGCAUCCGUCAGAAGGUGCUGGACAGCUGCGCAGUGACGGUGAACUUGGCGUACGUUGACAUGGAGGGAGAAGAGGCGGCCGACCAGAAGCUGGUGAUUCAGGAGGGCGACGAGGUUGCCAUCAUCCCGCCCGUGAGUUCGGGGUAGGGCGAUUUCUUUGGAAAUGGAAGGAGGAGGUUCUUUGCUGUGGUUUUGCCAUGUCU